AUGGAAGACUACUGUAACCAUCUGUUGCAGUAUGGAAAUGUGGCAAAAUCUCUGCCGAAAGUUGGCUACGUUAAAUCCAUGGACGUUUAUAUGGUGUUAUCUACGGGGUAG